CUGGCCAUCGUCGUCAACACCGGCGACGACGAGCGGUUCCACGGCCUGCACGUGUCGCCCGACCUCGACACCAUGACCUAUACCCUCUCGGGACUGUAUAAUCCCGAAACCGGUUGGGGCAUCAACGGCGACUCCUUCGAGACUCUCCAGAUGCUGAACCGUUUGGGCGCCGAUACCUGGUUCAACCUGGGAAGCCGCGAUUUCGCUAUGCACAUCCGCCGCACCGAACUGCUAGCCCAGGGGUCGUCUCUCUCCCGGGUCACCGCCCAGUUGACUGCCAACCUCGGCAUCGCGCAUCCCAUCAUCCCCAUGAGCGAUCAACCCGUGCGCACCGUCCUCGACACCGACGACGGCACCCUGUCCAUGCAGGAAUAUUUCGUGCAUCGCCGCGCCGAACCCGUGGUGCGCUCAAUCGAAUACGUCGGAGCCUCGGACGCCGAACCGUCCCCCGAUUUCGCCUCCGCCCUCGACGCCGCAUCAACCAUCAUCAUCUGCCCGUCCAAUCCCUUCCUCAGCGUCGCGCCCAUUCUGGCCGUCCCCGGCGUGCGCGACGCCAUUGCGUCCCACACCGGCCCACGCAUCGCCGAACUCGGCUCGGACGUUUCUGCGGUCGGCGUGGCGCGGGAAUAUCGUGGUUUCUGCGACGUGCUGGUCCUCGACUCCCAGGACGCCAACCUGGCCGACGCCGUGAGCGCCGAAGGUAUCGACGCCGCCGUGAUGCCCACCAUCAUGCAGACCGACGACGACAAGGUCCAACUGGCCGAACGUGUCCUCGCGUUGGCUGCCGACCUGGAGAAUCGACGAUCAUGA